AUGAAAAAGACGUAUCCUCAAUACGAUGAUCUCAAUUAUGAUGACCUAACGACAGCUUUUAGUAGGUUAGAUACAAAGAUGAAGGGAAAGGCUAUGUAUGGUGAUGAUCCUAUAGUGAUAACCAAUCUUAAAAGUGAACUAGACUAUGUAAGGAAUCUCAUGGAGAGACGUGCAAUAGUAGAAACAACUUUCACCGAAGGAAAUGAUGGUACAGUGAACAUUUCCGGUCCAUCAGGAAGCACAACCGUUCAAGGAGUCGACUUCGUGGAAGACCCAAAAAUUUACUUCCAGAUGUUCUAGAUGCAUUUGAUGAAUCAUUUGACGCUGACUGGGACGAAAUAGAAGCCCGCCUAGAGAAACUAAAUAAGAUUUCAACAGCUAAUAAAAAGAGAGAUUUCGAAAACCAAGUGGAACGCGUUCAAGCUGUUACAAGAGUUAUCAAGGGUAAGGAGAAAUUACUGCUGGACCCUAAGAAUAGAUACGUCAGGGAACUCAUAAAACGAUCAUCUGUCAGAACACUUAAUGAUGGCACAGAAGUGUUAGUAUUUAGAAGUGAACAAGGUAUUGACAGAGGUGGUACACAGAUAAUGAAACGUGGUAAGACCAAGAUUCCGGUGUACUCAAAUGACUCACUUGCUCUGAGAGAAUAUAAGGAACUUAUGAAGAAAAUCAAGCAGACCUCUAUGGGUCCUGACGCUAGAAUUACAAGUGAAGAAUCGGUUUAUGAGGAUACCAAGGAAGAGCCGCAAUUUGAAGACAGUGAUGAGGAAUAUGCUAAUCGUGAGAACAUUGAGUUAAUGGAUACAAGUGCACAACUAGGAAAUCUUCCAGGUCUCAUAAUGCAGGAAAACAAUGAACUGAGAGGAGUACUUAACCCACCUGAGGGAUCAAGCAUGGAAGGCAGAACAGGUCCCAAUGGAGCAUUGCAAGUACAAGCGGAUUAUUUCAAUGAAGCCAUUGGUAGAACUGUAGUGCAAGCCGCUGAAGCUGAGGGUACAACUGAGUACAAUGCUCUCCUAGAAAGAAUUGAUAGUCUAAAGGAAGCUAGAGAUCGAACCCUAGAACAGAGAGUAUUAAAGGAACCAGAGAGGCGCAGUUGGAAGAUAUUUCCAGAUUACGUAAGUUUGUGAAAUGGUUAGGGGAGGAGAAGGUGAGUCUAACUGGAAUUGCAAUAUCAACAGCAGGUCUACUAACAACUAUUCUUAUUCAUGCCCAGGGAGCUAUUGUGAAGACAGCAAAGGCCACUGGUAAAGUAGCAAAAGCAUUAGCAAAUUUAGCGAAGAAAGCAGGACCAAUUCUAGUUCCAAUCCUGAACGCAGUUGCAACGGCGCUAUCAUGGGGAGCAAAAGAAGUUGCCUGGUUAGCGUCACACUUAUGGGUAUUAGCUGUAGCAGCUGCCAUAAUUGUGUACAACAAUUACAGCAAGUAA